CUGCUACUCCCCUUUUCUCUUGCCUUCUCUCUCUAUUCUCUCUUUUUUUUCCCUCUCUCUCUCUCUCUCUCUUUUCUCCGCAUUCUAAAUUCACUCCUCAUUCACUUUUGUUUUGUUCUUCACUCACUAAUUCCCUUUUCCUCAUGGCAUCUUCUGCUGCAAAUAUUCUCCAGCGUCAGUUCAAAGAAUUAACGCGGAAUCCCGUACCGGGGUUUGCUGUCGACUUGAAGGAUGACAAUAUAUUUGUCUGGGAUGUCGCCAUCAUUGGAUCACCUAAAACCAUUUACGAAGGCGGCUAUUUCAAAGCAACCAUGGCGUUUCCCCCAGAUUACCCAUUCAAUCCUCCCACAUUCAGAUUCGAUCGUGACUUCUAUCAUCCAAAUGUGUACUUGGACGGUAGACUUUGUAUAUCCAUAUUACAUCCUCCAGGGGAUGAUCCCAUCAGCGGAGAAAAGGCGGAAGAACGUUGGAAUCCAACACAGUCAGUUGAAAGUGUUUUGAUGUCCAUUAUUUCAUUGCUUGCCGAUCCCAACUGCUCAAGUCCAGCCAACGUCGAUGCGGGGGUCGCCUAUCGCAAAGAUCGUGAAUUGUACGACAGCAUAGUAAAAAAUCAAGUCGAGAUUUCCAAAAAAGAUAUCCCUCCUGGAUUCAAAAUGCCACAAUCAGAAAAGGAUUUCAUGAUUGCAGCACCUUUAGAAAUAGAAGAAGACGACAACUUUUGGUACGAAUCAGGCGAUGCCAGUGAUUUUGAUGCAGACGAUGAUAACUACGAUUUGGACGACGAAGAUGAAGAUGAUUAAAAAAUUCGGUUGCCCAUGACUCGGUUUUGAUUUUUCCAGUUUUCAGGCCGUCGUAAUUUAAAAAACGGUUUGUCUGUCCUUCCAGUCAACAUGCAUGGACCCAAAAGAACAGUGUGUAAUCCGUAUUUGCAGAGAAUUUCCCCCACUUACCCAUUUUUACAUUAUUUCUUUUUUUUUUUUUUUUUUU